CAUGGCGGCGGCGGCUGCUCCGCCGGGCGGGGCGAGCCCGGGGCUGGCGGCGGGGGAGCGUCUUGUGUGUGUGGACAAGAAUGUGGCUUCUCCCAAACUCUACGUCCUGGAGCCAUGGAUUGCUGACUUGUUGGUGAAUUACGAGCAACUGGAUGAGCGUGAGAAUUUCCUGGCUGGGCAGGUGGUGCGGAUCUUGAGUGACUCAGCUGCUCCUGGCCAGCCUGGGGUCCUCCAGGAUGCUGUGGUGCAGGUCUCUGAUGGAUCCUGCUACAUCCGUGUGGUCAUUACAUCUGAAGCUCUGCAGGCAGAGGAAAACGCCCACCUGCAGCUCAGGCUUUCCAGCCUUAAUUGCAGAAUUAUCGUCCUGCAGAAGUACACGGUGUGUUUUCAGGACGAGGCCAGGCUGGAGGACUGCGAGUUUUACCUCACGGCCCAGCAGUUCAUCGUGCUGCCCAUGCAGAGGCAGAGGAUGGAAUCAUCUGAUGGGAACCAGGAUCCCUCUGUGCUGAAGAAGAUAAAGGAGCUCUGGCUGAAGAAUCUUGCUGUGAGGAACGCUCCCAGCUCAGAGCCCUCUGUCUCUCAGCUGAUUGAUGCCAUUGGACAGAACCAGCUGGAGAUUUUGAAGGAAAAUGCUGAGGAAUGCUUGGAUUUAUGGAAAUCAAAGGAGAAGCCAGUGACAAUGGAGGACGAGGUUCCCAUCACGCAGUGGGAGGCAGAGCGCAAGAAGGAGCAGGGUGAGGAUGUUUUCAUGGUCCCGGUCAGCGCCCUGGUGAUCCCUCCUGAGGAGGAGGAGGAAGAGGAGGCAGUUGUUUGUGAUUCUUCUGAGGCAACAUCUGCAGGGUACACAGCCUGUCUCCCUAGCAGAGGUGCUCGAGCCCUUGGAUCGUCCUCAUGGCCUCCUAUGAACGCUCCAGAUCCCAUCCAGCCUUUAGUUUCCUCUACAGUUGGCUCAGCCCAUCUCCUUGGAUUGAGUGGAGGAGGUGCUGCAUCACCAACCUUGUCAGAUAGCUUGGAGGGAUCCCUGGAUAACCCCUGGAACAGGAUGCCCUCAUUGUCUUUGACCGCGAGCUCUUCAGACGAGAAGAGCUUUCAACUUGACCCUCCCCUGAAGACCCAGAAAGAUGUUCCUGCUGACAGCAACACCACCGACCUGCUGGAAGCGUGUAGCCGGGGCUCUCCUGAGGGCUUGCCCCCGGGAGAGCCAGUACAGACCUCCUCUCCCUCCCUGCUGCGCUCCCACAGCAGCGCCAGCCCGGUGGAGAUCAGCACCAGCGAGGCAGCCGGGGAAGUCCUGUGCGCUGCUCAAGGCCCACAGGGAUCCAGGGGCUCUCAGGCCCCCCUGCCCGCUCUUUCUCCAGUUCUUCCAGUCUUGCCCAGCAGCAGCUUGCAAUCCCCGCCCGGCAGCAUUCCUCGCAGGGAGCACGCCUGCUCCAGUGGCACAGCUUCCUCUGCAGAUGCCUUGAAGCCUGGACUGGCUCACGCCAGCACAAAGGGAGGAGAGACUGUGGGUAACAAGAGGAAGCUGAUGGAGGAGGAUGAGCGGGCCCGCAGUGGGCAGCAGCAUCCCCCAGGCACCUCGAAGGGCAAGGGGAGAGGCACAGGCAAGAGAUCGGAGCUCAUGGGCCCACGAGGUGCAAAGAAAAGCAGAAAGGAGGCAGGGCUGCAGCGCAGAAGGGAGCUUGAAGAGGAGGAGGAGGAGGAAGAAGAGCAAGUAUCCUCUGCAAGACCUGGGCCCAGCUCCAGGCUGGAGCAGUGCAGAGCUCCAGAGCCGUUCGUGGAGAGACCACCCCAGUACCAGUACGAGGCACCAAGCCCUGAGCUCUGCCAGCAGGUGCAGUCUAUCAGGAUCUCAAAGGCAAUGCUGAAGUGGGCAUGCUGGAUACUGACUGAGGAGGAGGAGGAGGAGGAUUCCUGAGCCCAGCCCACCUUUCACUCUUUUGUUUCUUCAGCGGGUUUGUCAGAACACUGGGAAGAGUAGUUGGGGGAGGGAUGUGGGGACACCAGAAGCUCUGUGCCCCAGGGGACUGCUGAGUGCGCUGGCUCCAAGGGUGCUGGCACAUGAACCUGUUGAAAGCCAAUACCCUCAGUGCUGAGAGGGGAAAAAAGCAUUCAUUCAGGAGUGCCUAUAUGUGAGCCAGUGUCCCUCUCCCACCUCUUCAUUCUUUCUAAAUGCCUUAUCCCUGCAGUUGGGGACUAAAGGUGACCCAGUGCCACUACAGCAGCAAUGGCAGAGGCCCCACAACCUGAUCCUGCUCCGAAGGUACCCCAGGAGCUUGGAUGGUUUAUUGAAUAAGUUUAGGUCGGGUCCUGCACUGUUUAUUACAAAAAAUAUCCCGCAGGGUUAUGCUGUAGAAAUUAAAAAUUGUAUAUUUUUUAAAUACACAGCUCUUGUAUUAAAAAAACCAAAACAGAACAAAA